AUGGAAACGGCAAAGCAGACAGUGCAAAGUUGUGUGACUAAGUGGAAGUCUUCGACUGAUGACCAAAGUGAAGAUGACGAAUAUGAGAAAAAAAGACGUGCUACUCAACGCGAACAGGAUAGACGUCGAACAGAGGCGCUGAAUAGAGCGUUUGCUCAACUACGAGCCUCCCUUCCUCAUGUACCACAAGAUACCAAGUUGACAAAACUGAGAACGUUGCGUAUAGCUAUUGCAUACAUUCGACAACUUCAGACUGUGGCCCAGCUACAGAGUCAGGACGAUCAUUCUUCCUCCCCUUCCUCCUUUCCUCCACCCCCAUCACCACCCUGGGCACCAUGA